AUGGCUGCUCAAAGCUCCCGAUUUCAAGAAGAAACAAGAAGUAAUUUUCGGAAUUUGGGAGCAUCAAUUAAAAAUCUUGAAAUUCAGAUGAGUCAAAUAGCACAACAAUUGGCAGGUCCUCAGCAACCUGGUGCUCUACCUAGUGUCACGGUUACGAAUCCCAAAGACCAUAAUAAUGUGAGCGCUAUAGUAACUAGAAAUGGUAAAGCGAAAGAAGUUGUGGAGGAGAGUACUGAAGAAGAAGAGCCAUUGCUUGAAGUGGAUGUAGAAAUAAAAGAGAAUGAGGUAGAAGCGGAAGACUUAGGUGUGUUGGAACCAACAACUAAAGGGAAGACUAGUGAACAAAAACCGGCAGUUAAAUUACCUUUUCCAACAGGAAAUAAGAAGAAGGGGCAGCAUGAGAAAAAUUUUGAAAAAUUCCUAGAGAUGUUUAAGAAACUUGAGUUAAACAUUCCAUUCCUGGAGGAAUUAGAACAAAUGCCUACAUAUGCCAAGUUCAUGAAAGACAUCAUCUUCAAGAAAAGGACCACCGAUCGUGACCCAAUUAUUCUAACUGAAACUUGUAGUGCUAUUUUGGAGGGUAUGAAGAUUCCAGUGAAAAAGAAGGACCGAGGCUCUGUAACUAUUCCUUGUACCAUUGGGGAUAGAUCAUUUAAAAAGGCUCUUAUUGAUUUAGGAGCAAGUGUGAGCCUUAUGCCGCUGUCCAUCUACAAGAGAUUGGGAAUUGGUAAAGUUCAAGAUACAAGAAUGACACUCCAAUUUGCAAAUCAUUCCGUAAAAAGACCUUACGGGAUAGUAGAAGAUGUGCUCGUCAAAAUUGACAAGUUUGUGUUUCUAGUGGAUUUUGUAAUUUUAGAGAUGCCAGAAGAUGAAGAAAUGCCGAUCAUUUGGGGAGACCAUUCUUAG